AGAGAGAGAGUGAGAGAGAACGAGAGAGAGAGAGAGAGCGAGAGAGAGAGAGCGAGAGAGAGGACGGAUGCAAGGCGAGGCUCUGAGCGGAAAACCUUCCCUCUCCUCCUCAUCCAGCUGUUUUAUUUUCAUGUUUUUUUUUAUCGCAGUAUCCUUUCAUGACGCGAUUCUUUCCUUUUGAAAAGAACAUCCGAUCUUUGCUCAUGUCCGUCCUGAUGUGCUGCUGCGCCUCAUCACGAUUCUUCAAGGAUACGAAGAGCUGCUGUUCUCACGUCGACGCUGUUUUCCAGAAAAGGACAGGAUGUAAGACGGGAAGCGUCUGAUCAGCGAUGACAAAUGUUACAAACGCCUGAUGAGCUGUAAAAAUCGACGGAGCGAGGCAGAGCGGCGCGAGCCUGCGCGUUAAUUUGCUAAUUAUUGUUUUCGCGUGUGAUCGUGUUUUUUUCUGCUCCAUUCAUUCAGCCAUCGGAGCCGUGAGGCCUGCAGCCCGCACCGUCUCUGGGCAUGAAACCCGUGGGAAUUCUGAUCUCGACGUGACGCACAGUCACACACACAGCGCAGCGGGGGAGACAUCGAGCCUCCACAGGACUGAGGGAGGGUGUGAGGUCCGGCCGAGUAGAGACCAGAGCACAGGAAGACCAGGAGGAGGAGGACGUCCAGGUGUUGUUGGACACUAAUGACUGCCGAAUAGCCCACGCGAAUACAACAUUGACUAUUGAGUGAUUUUUUUUUAAUGCAUCAGGCGGAGAGGAGCGGGAGAAAGAGAGGACAGUACAGUGGGUGCGCGAGGGCGCGGAGAGACGGGAUGCGGGAGACGCAGUGAGGAGGAGGAGGACGAGGAGGAGGGAAAGCGGAGGAUUGACGGCUCUCCUAACGCUGGUGGUGUGACGUCCUAACUCUUCCCGCCCAGCAUGGCUCUGUUACUUUGGUUCCUGGGGGUGUGUGUGUUCACACUGGCUCAAGUCGCCCCGUCCAGCCAAGCGAUGUCCCGGGCCGCCAUGCCGUUCGGCCUGCUGCGCAGGGAGCUGGCGUGCGAGGGUUACCCGAUAGAGCUGCGCUGCCCAGGAAGUGACGUGGUUAUGGUGGAGACGGCAAACUAUGGACGCACUGAUGACAAAAUCUGUGACGCAGACCCGUUCCAGAUGGAGAACACACAGUGUUACCUCCCCGACGCACUCAAGAUCAUGGCCCAGAGGUGUAACAACAGGACUCAGUGUGUGGUGGUUGCAGGGGUUGACGUCUUCCCAGACCCCUGUCCUGGAACCUACAAAUACCUGGAGAUCCAGUAUGAGUGCGUCCCUUAUAAAGUGGACCAAAAAGUUUUCGUAUGUCCCGGAUCGCUGCUCAGUAUCCAGCCGGCCUCCUCUCUCCUGGAGGCGGAGCAUCAGUCGGGGGCGUGGUGUAAGGACCCGCUGCAGGCUGGUGACCGGCUGUACGUCAUGCCGUGGACGCCGUACAGGACUGAGGUUCUAUACGAGUACGCGUCGUGGGACGACUACCGGCAGAACCGGGUCACCACGACCUACAAGCUGCCGAGCCGCGUGGACGGUACAGGCUUCGUGGUGUAUGAUGGCGCCGUCUUUUACAACAAGGAGCGAACACGAAACCUUGUCAAGUAUGACCUGCGGACUCGCAUCAAGAGCGGCGAGGCAGUGGUGGUGAACGCAAACUACCAUGACACAUCGCCGUACCGCUGGGGAGGGAAGUCAGACAUCGAUCUGGCGGUGGACGAGAACGGCCUCUGGGUGAUCUACUCGACUGAAGCCAAUAACGGACGCAUCGUGGUCAGCCAGGUCAACCCUUACACGCUCCGCUUCGAGGGGACCUGGGCCACUGGGUUCGACAAGCGUGGGGCGAGCAACGCCUUCAUGGCCUGUGGCGUGCUCUACGCUGUGCGCUCUGUCUUCCAGGAUGAUGAGGGGCAGGCAGAAGGUCGUGUUGGCAGCGACAUGGUCGUGUAUGCCUACGACACCAGCCGGGGGCAAGAGCUCCCCAUUCAGAUCCCGUUUCCCAACCCGUACCAGUACAUCUCGUCCAUCGACUACAACCCCCGAGACAACCAGCUGUACGUGUGGAACAACUACUACGUGCUGAGAUACCCCCUCCAGUUCACCCCCCCUCCCCCUACCAAAGGUCCUCUCUCCUCCCUCAUGACCACCGUCCGCUCCUACACCGCCACUGUCGCACUGACGCCAGUGCGCCCGUCCGCCUCUCAUCCAAUUGGGGUCAUCAACAGGGGACCCUUUGACCAGCGGCCAAUCACAGCCAUGGUCCCUCUGACCCCACGUCCACCUCUGCGUAUCCCUUUGGCGCCCGGGGGCCCCGGUCAGGUGGGCGGAUGUGAGGGCCGGGUUGCACGAGGGGUACAGUGGCCGCCAACUCUGAAGGGAGAGACAGUGGAGAGACCCUGUCCUAAAGGGUCUCUGGGUAUUGCUUCCUAUCAGUGCGUGCAGACUCCUGUGGGUUGGAGCUCCAGAGGGCCUGACCUUUCUAACUGCACCUCUCCCUGGGUCAGCCAGAUCGCACAGAAGAUUAAGAGCGGAGAGAACGCCGCAAACAUCGCCGGGGAGCUGGUCAACCUGACGCGGGGGCGGAUCUACGCUGGUGAUGUCAGCAUGUCCGUCAGGCUGAUCGAGCAGCUAUUGGACAUCCUGGACUCCCAGCUCCAAGCCUUGAGACCGGCCAAUAAAGAGUCAGCUGCUCGCAAUUACAACAAGCUGCAGAAGAGAGAACGCACCUGCAGAGCCUAUGUCCAGGCGGUGGUUCAGACCGUUGAUAACCUGUUGGGUCCCGAGGCUCUGGUUUCGUGGGCCGACAUGAGCGGCGUUGAUCAGUCCCGCUCGGCGUCUCUGCUCUUAGACGCAGUUGAAAAAGGAGCGUUUCUCUUGGCUAACAAUCUCUACGAGGGACGCUUCAGUGACAGGACGCCAAACGUUGACGUGGAGGUGUAUGUGCUCAACACAGAGGCUGACAUACAGGACCUGACGUUUCCACACUCCUACGACAGUGACAGCAUCCUGCAGAUAUCAGCGCUGGCUCUGCAGCAGUACAGCAACAACGGCCAGGUGAAGCUGGUCCUCACUCUCUAUAAGAACCUGGGCUCCUUCCUGACCACCCAGAACUCCACCCUGCGGCUCGGGCUGGGACUCAGCCCCGGCUCAGAGUUGAGGCGCAGGAGCCUGGUGGUCAACUCCCACGUCAUCUCUGCAUCUGUGCACCGAGGGACCAACAGAGUGUACCUCUCUGAGCCGGUGAUCUUCACCCUGAGACACCUCCAGCUUGAGAACCACUUUGGCCCCAACUGCUCCUUCUGGAACGGGUCAGGGGUUUCUGGGAGCGGCAGGUGGUCUACGCAGGGCUGUCGUCUGUUACACACCAACAACACGCACACCACCUGCGCCUGUAACCACCUGUCCAGUUAUGCUGUCCUCAUGACGUAUCAGCAACCGGCAUUUGGGGCCGGGGUGGAGGAGCUCCUCGUCUAUGUCGUGUCCUGGGUGGGGAUCUCUGUAGCACUGGUUUGUUUGGCCACCUGUCUUACCACGCUGUGCUGCCAGGGGGCGCCGUGGCACACUGACCACAGCACCAUCCACUGCAACCUUUGGGCCAACCUGCUGAUCACUGAGCUGCUCUUCCUGGUCGGAGCCAACAAGACUCAGUACACGGUCGUGUGCUCCAUCAUUGCCGGCCUGCUGCACUUCUCUCUGCUCUCUGCGUUCUGUUGGUUAUGUCUGGAGGGGGUGGAGCUCUACCUGCUGCAGAGGGAGGUGUUUGAGGGUCGGAACUCCAGGAGGAAGUAUUUCUACCUGUGUGGUUACUCCGUCCCCGGGCUGGUGGUAGCCGUGUCUGCCGCCAUAGACUUCAGAGGCUACGGCUCCACAACGGCCUGCUGGCUGAGGACAGAUAACUACUUCAUCUGGAGUUUUCUUGGUCCUGUUGCCGUCAUCAUAACGCUGAACUUGGUUGUCUUGGUCAUGACCUUACAUAAGAUGCACAGCACGGCUGCUUUAAAGCCAGACUCCAGUCGCCAUGACAACCUGAGGGCGUGGGCAGUGGGCUCCCUGACUCUGCUCUUCCUGCAGAGCGUCACCUGGUCUUCAGGUCUGAUGUUCCUGUCGUCUCCGUCUCUCCUCCUGGCGUACCUCUUCUCGUCCCUGAACACCGCCCAGGCGCUCCUCAUCAGCAUCCUGCACUGCACGCUCGCCAGGAAGGGUCAGAAGGAUUACGGCCGCUGCCUGCGCCUCUCGCAGUGCUGCGUCACGUCCUCGUCCAGCUCACCGGACUCAGUGAAGGGUGCAGCGCUGCGCUCCAACAGCCGCUACACCAGCAGCCAGAGCCGGAGAGCGACCGCUAACAGACAGAGUCGGAUCCGGAGGAUGUGGAACGACACGGUGCGGCGGCAGACUGAGUCCUCUUUCAUCGCUGCAGACGUUAACAACACGCCCACUCUGAACCGAGCUCCUUUAGGAAACCACUUCCUCACUAAUCCGGUGUUGCAGACUCACGCCGGAGCGUCUCCGUACGACACCAUGCUGGCUCAGGGUUACAGUCAACCCUUCAGCUCCACAGGAACCUUCAGAAAUAAGAAGGGUGCUGUGUCCCAGAGCCAGGACUCCUGUGGGUUGGACAGUGUGUGCCUGAACGGUGGUUACACCCCCAACACCUUCACCCUGCACGGUUUGGGGACCACGCCCGGGUCUCGUGCUGGAGUGGUGGGCAGUACAGACCUCUUGAGGGAGGGCGGAGUCGAAGACAUCUCCCCCGCCCUCCUCACCCCUCAUGGAGCCUCAGAUCUGGGCAGCGGUGCAGGGAUGCGUCGUAACUUGUCAGAUGCUGCGGCGCUGGAGAAGAUGAUCAUUUCGGAGCUGGUGCAGAGCAACCUGCGGCCCUCGGUCCCCAUGCCGGUCCCUCCAGAGCGCUACGGAAGUCUGGCGAGGCCUCAUCACCACGACAGAGCGGCUCUCACUCACACCGCCACGUUAACUCGACAUGCACAGCCACCGCCACCGCUGCAGGAGGGCUGGGCUGCAACCAUGCAGCCAAACACUCGCGAGGGUUGGGCGCCGCCGAGGCACCACACACCAGAUACUGAGACGCAUUCCACAACACGAGUCCCAGACCACGCCACCACGCCACGUCUACAAGACGGCUGGUCCCACUCACGUGUUUUAGGAGAUUCAGAGUCCCGUGAGCUGCUUAAGGACAGUGACAGGCUGCAGCUGCAAGGCACUUUGGGGCGCCGUGGUCUGCAGGACCGGCAGCAAGCUUGUCCCCCCGAUGUUCAGGCACGGCCCUACUCCACCCUCAGCCGCACUCCCGGAACUCUGUCCCGCAACCGCAGCACGGCGGAGCCAAGUGGAGCGACGGACAGGGAGCGAGAGAGGGAGCGUUACAGGGACAGGCCCCUCCCACCUCCUCCUCCUCCUCCCCCGCAGGAGUCAGAGCCCCUGUACAAAGCUCUGGAGGAGUCACUGCUGAUGAAGCAGAGGGAGGCCAGCGUAGAGGCGUGGAGAGAAAAAGACGAGACAUUUCUACUGAAAAGAGAUGGAAUGAUGGACGACUGGAGGGCGGGAAGCGAGAGAGGGAGGGACGAGUCUUUCACCUCACAGAAAAGAGACGGAGAAAUGGACGAAUGGAGAGGAGGCCUGGAGAGAGGGAGGGAGGAGUCUCAUGUGUUGGAGAAAAGAACUGGAAGGAUGGAGGUGUGGCGGGGAGAGACGGAGCAGGAGGAGACUUUUAUAACUCAGAAGAAGGAUUUUGGGAUGGAGGGAUGGAGAGGGGGGGUGGAGAGAGAGAAAGAUGAGUUUUUAAAGGACAGAGAUGGAUGGAGGGCGGGGCUUGAACGAGAGAGCGAUAAACAGAAGGUUGGAGUGCUGGACGUGUGGAGGGGAGGGGUGGAUGUAGACAGGGAUGAAACUUUCCUGUUUGAGAGUAAAGAUGGAGGUCUUGACGGCAGGAAAAGAGGAUCUCUGCGUUACCACGGUGAGCGAGAGGAUUCUGACAGCUUCACUCUGCCUUUGACCCCUGACCUGGACCUGGACCCCGACUCCUCCCCUAUCUACGCCCGGGAUUCAAACCCCUCCCCGCUCUACCCUGGAGACAGCCGCUCACCACCUCUCAGCAUCUUCCCUCGAAGCUCUCCUCCUACAAAUGUGUUCGCUCCUCGAGACUCUAACUCGCCUCCAAACAACCUGUACUCCCGCCACUCCCCGCAGGUGUACAGUCGGAGCAGCUCGCCGCCUCGCUUCUACACUCGCACCUCCCCACCAACUCUUUCGUAUCCUGACAGCAGCCCUGAAGGUCCUGAGGAGGUCAGCCCCACCGGUCAACCCCAGAGACCCGCCCUGGAACUUCCCUACAGCUUAGGACGGCCCCCUCUUGGUCCGCGGCCAAAUCACCUGCAGACCUUCUAUCAGCCGCCACCACUGACAACUAAUGGGGAGGCAGCAUACACAGCAGAGCCCGCCUCCGACGGAGACGACGGACAGAUGCAGCGUGUGACGAGCCUGUGACUAGGGCGGUGGUGAUUGGGGGAUAGAAUGCAGGCGGGAGGAGGAAGAUGGUACACCAACAAAUGUGAAGAUCCAGCUGAUGGAUAGAAUGAUGAUGAUGAUGCUGAUGAUGAUGAUGGUGAUGAUGGUGAUGAUGAUGAUGCUGAUGAUGAUGAUGGUGAUGAUGGUGAUGAUGGUGAUGAUGAUGGUGAUGGUGAUGAUGAUGAUGAUGGUGAUUAUGAUGAUGGUGGUGAUGGUGAUGAUGAUGAUGGUGAAGAUGAUGAUGAUGAUGAUGAUGAUGGUGAAGAUGAUGAUGAUGAUGAUGAUGAGGGUUUCGAUGAUGACAGUGAUUGCUCCUCCCUGCUUCUACCUCCUGAUCACCACGAGACUUCCCCUUUUCAUGUUUUAUUACUUUUCUAUGACUGUGAUCCAUUGAUGACUUUUCCUCCUCUUCCUCUCUCUGUCCUGAAACCCUGCUGUGUCUUCCCAGAUCAUCGGCGCUAAUUCUUGUUUUAUUUUUCGCCCAUUGUCUGUGUUUCUAUUGGUUGAUGGGCCGCGUGUCGUCCCUCCCUGUAGCAAGCCAACAGUGUGUCAAAGAAACACGUGUGUGUUGCCAAAAAAUCCUUUCAAAGAACAUGUGCAUGACUUUAUAGUGGAUUUUACCAGGCUGCAUAGUGUAGGAGGAAAGAGCUGUGUGAGUGUGUGUGAGAGUGUGAGUGCGUGCAGGAAGCUUGACGAGCAUGCGUGUGUGUAAGGAUGUGUGUGCGACUGUAUAUACAUCAUUCUUGUAUAUUUAAUGUAUCACAGUGAAGCAUUUUAUCAGCAUCAAAUCGGGGGGGACUCUUACACACUUCUCCUCUGACUGAUUUCGAAAUCUUGACCAAUUCCAUUUUCACAUCAAGACCAAAAACUCCGCCUCCCCCAUCCUUCCACACGCCACUUACUGUUGGUGAUGGAACUGGUUGCAACAAAACUCUUGAACUCCACAGCCAGAGAUCAUAUAAAACCUCAGAACUUUUCUGCAACCCCCUUGAGACCCUUGUACAUAUUGACCUCCAGUGUUCUGAUUGUCUUGUAUUGCUAUUGAAGUUCAAGUAAACAUGUGAAAUAAAAUGAUCUCAUCUUUU